UGGCGAUCGUCACCGCGAAGAAGUUACUCAUCGCCACCGAUAUAGUCGAGAAUAUGAACGAGAAGGUCGCAGGAACUCCGAAUAUACAGAACCAUCAUAUCGGAGUUCAGCAAGGAGCGAAAAGCCUCACCAUGAGACUCGCGAUAGCGGAAAUGAUAUACAGCAGAAAAGUCAGCAGCCUGAAAAACCACCUGAUUCUGAAACUGUAAAAGAUUCGAACCUUAAUCAAAAACCAAAAGUUCCAAUUUCUCUGGAAGAAUUACUACAAAAACGUGAGACUGAAAAACAAGCAAAUGAUAGAGAACGACAAAAGGAGGUUGAAUUAUUACGUCAAAAACAAGAUGAAGAAAGACGUCAGCAAGAAGAAUUCCAAAGACGUGCAAUGGAAGAAGCUCGGCAAAACGAUUAUUAUGAUCGUUAUGAUCGUGAUAGAUUUGAUAGAUAUGAUCGUGAUCGAACAAAGGGAAGAGAUCGUGAUAGUGGUGACAAACGCUCCACUGAUAAGUCUGAUCUCAAUGAGGAAAAAGAUAAAUUAGAUGAGAAAGAAUUACAGGCAAUACGAGAACGUUAUAUGGGUGGCGAACGUAAAAAACGCAAAAUACGAAAGAUGAAUGAGAAAAAAUUUGUUUUUGAUUGGGAUGCUGGUGAAGAUACUUCGCAAGAUUUCAAUCCUUUGUAUGCAAGUAGACAUAAUGCUCAAAUGUUUGGACGUGGCCAUUUCGCGGGCAUUGAUAUAAAAGAGCAAAAACGAAAUCGUGCACAAUUUUAUAAUCAAUUAUUAGAAGAAAGAAGAACAUUGGAUCAAAAAGAUCGUGGUAGCAUCCCAAAUCCUAUAAGAUCAUGGUCAGAACCUGGGUUGUCAGAACGUAUUCUAGAAAUUCUUGCAAAUAUUGGCUAUAAAGAGCCUACUCCUAUACAGCGUCAAGCAAUACCGAUUGGAUUACAAAAUAGAGAUAUUAUCGGUAUUGCGGAAACUGGAACUGGUAAAACCGCAUCUUUCGUUAUUCCAAUGCUUAUGUAUAUAUCUGAACUCCCUAAAUUAUGUGAGGAGAAUAUGGCUGAUGGUCCUUAUGCCUUAAUUUUGGCUCCAACACGUGAAUUGGCACAGCAAAUAGAACAAGAAACUUUAAAAUUUGCUGCACCUAUGGGAUUCAAUUGUGUUUCCAUAGUUGGUGGGCAUGCGGUUGAGGAGCAAGCAUUCAACCUAAGGAAUGGGGCAGAGAUUAUUAUUGCAACUCCAG